UUUUCAUUAUUCUGUUUUCGUUCCCUCGUUUUCGCCCUUCUCUUCCACCACCUCCUAAGUUUCACCUUUCUCCAUUGAAGCGGUUUCUGAGCUUUCUCACCUCCAUUGAAGCAGCUGCACCUCCUUCUCUCUCCAUAUCUCUCCUCCAUUGAAGCUCGUGCUCUUUAUUCUCCAUUGAAUCGGAUUCUGAGCUUUCUCACCUCCAUUGAAGCAGCUUCGAGCAAAUAUUAAGCAGAAAGUUGGACAAAGUAAGCGAUAAAAUGGUGGUGAAGCAGCAGCUUAUGGCAUCAAAAAUUGGCAUUGAUGGCGGAGGAUUACUUCCAUUGUUAGCUGUUCCUUCUUCUGUCCGCUCAAAUCCCACUUUACCCAGACGCCAAUUUUCUCUCUCAUUAAAACACAAGGAAACAAGGAAGUUCAAAUCAGUCUUCAGUCCAGUCCAAAGCCAGGCCUCAAAUGUUGGUGUUGGAUCAAGUGACUUUGAUGGAAGAGAGGAGUUUAAUAGUCAGAAUAUAUCUUCAAAUGGCUCAUCCACUGAAAGUUCCUCUCAAAUUGACAAGCGUCCUAGCCGAAUCCCUUAUCCUCUCUCUAUAGCUAUGGUUCUAGGUGUGUGUGCUCUGGUGUUUUCCCUUGUUAUGUUUGUCAAAGGAGGGCCUUCAUCAAUUUUGGCUGCUAUUGCAAAGACCGGAUUUACUGCUGCAUUCACAUUAAUAUUUGUCUCGGAAAUUGGGGAUAAGACAUUUUUUAUUGCUGCUCUCCUGGCCAUGCAGUAUAAAAAAGGACUGGUGCUGUUAGGAUCAAUGGGUGCCCUUGGACUGAUGACCAUCCUCUCUGUGAUUAUAGGACGAGUAUUUCAGUCUGUACCGGCUCAAUUUCAGACAACUCUUCCGAUCGGAGAGUACGCUGCUGUGACUCUUCUGCUAUUCUUUGGCUUAAAGUCAAUCAAAGAUGCAUGGGACCUUCCAGCAGAUGAUUCCAAAGAUGAAAAUAAAGAUGGCUCUGAACUUGGUGAAUAUACUGAGGCUGAGGAGCUUGUGAAGGCUUCAAAACGACUGACAAACCCAUUUGAAAUUCUGUGGAAGUCAUUCUGCCUUGUGUUCUUUGCAGAAUGGGGUGAUCGCUCAAUGCUUGCUACCAUCGCCCUUGGUGCUGCACAGUCUCCAUGGGGCGUGGCAAGUGGAGCCAUAGUGGGACACCUAGUUGCCACAUCUGUUGCAGUUCUUGGAGGAGCAUUUCUUGCCAAAUACAUUUCUGAAAAGCUGGUUGGCUACUUGGGAGGAGUCCUAUUUCUUCUUUUUGCUGUAGCAACAUUCUUUGGAUUCUUUUAGUUCCUCGUGACAUAACAGAGUCGAAGGAUAUUUUCCAAGAUAUUAUAUUCAAAGUGUUUAUCUUCAAAAAGGAAAUCUUCAGAAGAUUUGUUCCCCAGAUCAGGAACUCCUCCCCACUGACACAUUAGUUGGAUUGUGCAAGUAGAAUCUAUCAGCUUUAUAGCCAGCUUGGAAAUGUUCAUACAAGUUACGCCAUGCCAAUUCAGCAACAGAGCACCUUAAGUAGGAAAUUUGACAAAUUCCAAUAACCAGGUAAACAAAGUGAAACCUGUGAAGUAUAGGUAUUCAUUGUUACUAAUAAAAUUUUUGUGCCUUCCUAUGUAUGACAUUUAUUUAAAUUGCCAUCUUGCAACAACCAUUUUUGUAUACAUAAUGAUUUACCAUGAAUAAACAAGAGAGUUUUUUAAGUGUUAUACGUUUCAUUUUUUGGCAUAUAUGGCAUUAUAGCUACAUUACUCUUGA